CACAUACACACAUACUCACAAACACACUCACACACACACACUCAUGCACAUACACACCCAAACAAAAAUCCACAGGGAUACUCGCACGAGCGCACGUGCAGACUUUCAAAUAAAACAAAAACUGAUUCAAAAGUACAUGCACAUACUGACAAAUGCGCAAACGAAAAUUGUAUAUAUAUAGACAGACAUAAAUACACGCAUAAAAAUAAACGCAGACAAACUAACACAGGAAUCCAUUCAGCGAAACAGUUUCAAAUUUUAAAAAAACCCGCAACUACAACAACACAAAAAAAGAGAAAAUCAAAAACAAAAAGUUUCGUAAGUAGGCCUUCUGAUUCCAGCCAGCCGCAUUCUUUUUCCGCCGAACAAAACUAAAAAUAGAUUUACGACACGAUCACCCGGAUUCUAGAUUCGGAUAAUACCCAGCCCUCUGCCCCAGUAGCAGUACGACAAGUUGUCCCUCUGUCGGGCGCCGCCUUCUUCUCUGCCGAGUUGCGUUCGUUGCUCUGCUGAGUCCUCUGACUUGAUCCUCCUCCCAUUGACUACCUCGUCGGCGGUGUCAGGCUGUAGAAUCUGGCGGUGGUGUUGUGUGAAGUGAAGAAACGAGAGAGACAGAUAGGAGGCGAGGAAAGGCAGGCAGGCGGCCCGUGGUGACCGAACAACUCGCGCGCUCCCUCGCUCGCUCGCUCAUUCAUGGGGGCUCGCUCGUUCCCCCCAUCCACUGACUGACUGACUGUCACUGUGUGUACGGGUGUUUGUAUACCACCAUGUGUGUGUGCGUGUGUGUGAUUCGCUGUCAUACGUGAGUGGAGUAGUGGUGUCAGUGUGGUGCUGAUGUUUUUGUUGUGAUCUUCGCAUCAUUCAUUCAUCGUCCGGUUACCACAGAGCACGCGGACUAUUAUUAUCGUUAUUCUUCGAUUGGUUAUUGAUGAUUCUAUUUCAGUGCUACCUGAAGAACUUUCUUUGAUUAAGACCCUCCAAAAAAAAAAAGCAAACAAAUAUCCCGUUUGUUCUUGGAAUAAAAACCUUUGCUGUGACAUCGUCUUUCACAACUUUAUACGUAAGAUCGACGAGAGAAAAACACAACUUCAACUCAGCUGCAAGAAAGAAGAAAAAAGCAACGACGACAACACCGACAGCAAUUACGACAAAAACAACAACAACAUCUACAACAGCGGCAACAGCAACAAAAACAACAACAACAACGUCGACCACAACGAUAACGACGACGACGACGACGACGACGACAACAACCCCUACAACAACGACGACAACUAAGGGGCAUACAUCACGCACCUGGAUUACAAAACAGCCCAGCCACCCAUCAUCAAACAGAUGAGAACUCCUUACCGUCUCACCGCUUUACAAAAAGAGAUAAAUAAAGCUACAAUUUCAUAUUCACAAGGCCUGGGAUAAUCCACCUGGAUUAGGCAGCAAGUUGUGCAUGAAAACCACUACAGAGAAACCCGAGACCAGCCCAUAUGCUCUUAGACACAACAGCCAAAGAACAAGUGGCUUUAGGAGCCAGCUAGCGAGGGAAAUUAAUCAAGCAAAGCGGAAAAAAGCUGGCAGUGUGCUGGACGUUUUCGUGAAGGAUUUUCCCUGGCCUGUCAUCUCACGCUCUUUCAACUUUCAGUGGUCGUCUUUGACGUUGGAGUAGUAGUAGCUGUCAGUGUCAGUGCUACUUACUGCUGCUACUUGUUGCUGCUCCUGGAGUACUUAUUAUUCUUAUUAUAAUUGUUUGUUUUUAUCAUUAUCAUUAUUUUUAUAAUAACAUCAGCGAAAGCAAGCAAAGUGCAUUGAUGUUCUUUAUCAUGACCAGCGGAUAAAAACACCUUCGUCUCAUUCACUCGCUCUGUGAGCAACAGGAUCGUCAUCUUCGGUGCGACUCUCACCAACAACUGUUUACUGCAUUCGUUCAUUCGACGGAAAAAUCAAGUCACUCACUCACCCAUAACCACUUACACAUUGUGUUAGCGUGUGUGUUUAGCGUGCUACUUUACUCAACGUAUUCUCCAUGGACCAGAAAUCGCUGCCCAUCUUUGGAUAAUAAUUAAACAAGGUGUCGCCAUCCAUCCCUCACUCACGUCGCUCACUCGACGGACAGAGGCUCUAAUUCACCUCUCAACUUUCUUCGCCUUCUCCUUCCCUCUGCAGCUGCUGAGCCUCCUAAAAGACAACGAACGAGUGUUAUUAUUGUUGUCGUGCCUACCACAGACAGGAAGUCACGUCACUGUGUGUGUACCGUUGUGAUAAAAUGACAACUCAGCGGAGUUUCCAUCAGCGGAUAGUCCAAUCACGUCGUGUCUCCAAGGACAAAGGGCAAGAGAACCAGAUCGAGGCCGAGGCGCGGAUCAAAGACUUCAUCCCCCUGGUCCAGACCGGCUGUUCCCGCCUUCUGCAAUUCUUCCUCUGCUCUCUCUACGCGCCCAUGUGUACAGAACUGGUGGACGAGACACUUAUCAUCCCAGCAUGCCGGUCUAUGUGUCUUCAGGUCAAGGCCAAGUGCGAACCGCUUCUACGCACCUUCAACUUUGACUGGCCACCCAUGCUGGCUUGUGACAAACUUCCGGAAAAAUCCGAUCCGAGAAACGAUCUGUGCAUGGCUGCACCGAAUGUGACCGAUGAACCGGAGUACGGUGCUGGAACUCUUUCCGGCGGUCAUUUCGAAGAAUUCGAGAAGAAACUCGAUAAGUUGGACGGGAAUAAGAACUGGAAGAAAAUUAUUAAGGAAAGGUUGAACAAAAAAGGAGGGCUUAUUAUUAUGAAUCCAACGACUGCAAGGACCCGGUUGGGUGGUCAGAAGUUUCUGGACAAGCACCAGCCGAUCCCUGACCCGUGCCCACCUCGGUUCGUGCAUGUCGACAACAUACCGCGCUCAAACAACACCUGCGCACCUCGCUGUGACGUAGAUGUGCUCUUCAGGGAAGAAGACAAAAACUUUGCCGAGAUCUGGAUGAUCGUGUGGGCGUCUCUCUGCUGUUUUUCAACUCUCUUGACAGUCACUACGUUUAUCAUAGACACCACGAGGUUUAAAUACCCGGAGCGACCAAUCAUCUUUCUUUCCGUGUGCUAUUUCAUCCAAUCAGCGGCGUAUAUCAUUCGGGUGGCGACAGGACCUGAGUCUGUGUCAUGUGACACGGCGCGGGACGGACGCCCGUUCCUGAUUCAAGAAGGAUUAGACAGCACCUGGUGCAUUAUCAUCUUCCUCCUGCUCUAUUUCUUCGGCAUGGCCAGCGCUGUGUGGUGGGUUGUCCUCACCAUCACCUGGUUUCUCGCCGCAGGCAGGAAGUGGGGUCAAGAGGCCAUCGAGGCGUUGUCCAGUUACUUUCAUCUGGCAGCAUGGGCGAUCCCUGCGGCCAAGACAAUCGUGAUCUUGACCAUGCGACGCGUGGACGGAGACGAACUCACGGGACUGUGCUACGUGGGCAACCAGGACCCGGACGCUCUCACGGGGUUUGUUCUGGUGCCGCUGUGUAUCUAUCUCGUGGCCGGAUUCGCCUUCAUCCUCGCGGGAUUCGCCGCCAUGUUUCGCAUCCGCAAAGACUUGAAAGAGGACGGGGUCAGCGCUAACAUCAGGAAGCUGGAGAAGCUGAUGGCAAAGAUCGGAGUUUUUUCUGUGCUCUACACCGUCCCGGCCACCUGCGUCAUAGGGUGCCACUUUUACGAGCGCGUCAAUUUCUUACGGUGGCGGCGGCGUGCUAUGAGUUUGCCGUGUCCUCUAGACACCAGCAAUAAACUCUCCCCUCCUGUGGUAGACCCUGACUGCCCUCUGGAGCAGUCGAUCCCAACCGUGGAGGUUUAUAUGCUCAAACUGUUCAUGUCUCUCGUCAUCGGCAUCACGAGUGGUAUGUGGAUAUGGAGCGGGAAGUCACUCUCCUCAUGGAAGAAUUUCUGCUCUCGUCGAUUCACUCGGAGGAAGACGAACAACUUCAACGCCGAGUACCACCCGGCCCCAGUGAUUAUGAUGAAGAACAGCCACCAGGGCAACAGCUCAAAGAUCGGGAGCAACAGUAGCGGCUCCGCGAAAGUCAUCGCGUCAAGAGUUUGACAAACGAACAAAGCAACGCUACACUUUUUCAUUGAUCGGUUUUUGAGACUGCACACUUUCUGAAUAAACCUUCUCAGGGGCAUCGGACAGACAGACUCGUGAUAUUCCCAACACUGGAUCAGAAAGUGAUUGAUAUCCGUGAGGCGGCUGUAGGCUGCUGCAUUGUGGAAGGCUGACUAGCUAUGGUAGCCUUAUAAACCCGAAGAGAAGCAGAGACUUUGACGCCACAAUAUGUAUAUUGUAAUCAUAAAAACAUUGUUUUGACUUUCCUACAGAGUUGACACUUAGAGUGAAACGAUUGCCUCAGUGUAAGACUCUGUAAUACUUUACUUCUCAAAAUGGCGUAAGGGCGAUGUUUACCCUAAGCACUUGAAAAGAAGGCUCAAAGGAAAAUACUUCUUUUUUUAUUGCUGUGGUGCAUGUUGAAGUUGCUUUUAAAUAUCGUAGCUUCCUUUCAGACUGAGUGACGUUUGCUUGAUGUAUACAUGUGACUGUCGCUAACGAGCUAAUAGUUUGGAUGUUCAAAGUGGACAAAUGUUUCCGAAAAGUGUGUUUAAAAUUUUUUAAUAGGGUUUUCAAGUCUUCUGCAGUUGGUCAAGAUUUUUGGAACUAGAGAUUUCACACGGCGCCUUGUUCUCUAUUUUUGUGCAGUAUCAUCUCCUAGUUACCAGUGGGUAUUUUUCUAAAAAUCAGUGGUCAACAAAAAUGGUGAAGCACCGAUUUAAUGCCAAAAAAAACCCAGACUGAAACCUUUC